AGUUGCCACUGCCACGUUGGGGAGUUAGCAUCUAAAAAAAAUAAUAUAUAUACAUAAGAUGACUUCUUUUCAAUUUUUUGCGGGAGUUUUCCUUCUUGUUUCUGUAUUUUUUACGGAUCUGAAGGCUGAUCCCUCUUCGACAGCUGUUAAUUCUACAGUUCCCAUACGUCCUCGUUUCAAUGAGGAUCCUGGCAGGAUUAUCAAUGGCACUCUGGCCGCCAUGGAGGCCACGAGGCACCAGGUGGGCAUUCGGAAGGCCUUGAACGAUGGCUAUUUCUAUGGAACGGGUCACCUGUGCGGCGGUGCCCUCAUCAGGCCCAACUUUGUUCUUUCCGCUGCCCAUUGUUUUGUGGACCAAAUAAUCUACGAUGGAACUUUUGUGCCGAUUGAGGAGUUCAUCGUGGUGAUGGGAAACCUGGAUCGGUUCAAUAGCACCAAUGCCCUGACCUUUACGAUUGCCGAACGCUUCAUGCUGCUGGACAAGUUCGUCCUGGCCACUUAUGACAAGGAUAUUGCCCUCCUGCGACUGAACGACUCUGUGCCCACGAAUCACCCCACUAUCCGGCCCAUUGCCCUCAACCGGAACGAGAUUGUGGAUGGAGUUGUGUGCCAGGUGACUGGCUGGGGACUCACAGAGGAGGGCUAUAAUUCCGAUUACCUCAUGACCCUCGAUGUCCCGGUGAUUGGGGAGCAGAGGUGUGUCGAGGAGAGUGAUCUGGGAUCGUUAAUCUUGCCCGGAAUGAUGUGUGCCGGUUACCUGGAGGAGGGCCAGAAGGAUGCCUGCUCGGGAGACUCUGGAGGACCACUGGUUUGUCAAAGCAAACUGGCAGGAAUCGUCUCCUGGGGCAUCAACUGUGCUCUGCCCAAGCUGCCGGGUGUCUACACGGAGGUCUCGUACUACUACGACUGGGUUCUGGAGAAAAUGGGCGAGGAUGAUGGAUCAGGAGACCAUAGUGGUUCCGGAGAUGGGGAUGAUGAUGGAUCGGGAGAUCAUAGUGGAUCCGGGGAUGGGGAUGAUGACGAUAAUGGAGGCGGUGGUUCCAUGACCAUCUUAGCCUCUAGUAUCAGCCUCAUCCUGCCCCUCUUUGUCUCCCUGAGAUUAAUGCUCAAUUAAAUAAACAAGAAGCCAAAUAUCUAAGUUAUUGAAA